GAGUGAUGGGUCCGGUGGAGAUGGACGAGUUCGGGGACAGACAGAUGGACUUUGCUGUUUGGGACACGAUCAACAUCGAGUCUGGAGAGUUCCAGGUGGUGUGUGUGUACAACAGCAGCAUGAAACAGCUGAUCAUGCAGGGUGGGCGGAGCUUCCAGUGGCCAGAUGGCUCUCCACCGCCAGAUGUCCCAGAGUGUGGCUUCAAGAACGACCAACCAGCCUGCCUCGCACGUACGAACACACACACACACACACACUCACUGUCUACAUCAAUGGAGCUGAGGAGGAGGAACAAACAACUGGACCCCUUCCUCACUGGGGGUUCAGAUCAACAGAUCGUUGUUUUAUGACAAAAAUAUGCUUAAAUUCUUCUUUUUCUAUGAACCACAAUAUACGGUCAAAUUUAAAUGAUUCAUUAAAUAUUUAAUAACAAAUUAUUUUACCAGUAAACUGGAAAAAAACUGUUGAACAACAAAAAGAAGAUGGCAGGAGGAACUUUACAACAGCUUGAGGUUCUCAGAGUUCACGAAGUUCCCCUGAAUGCACCAUGAAGUCCACGUCUUCUCCGUAAACAGCCAUGUGGACUUUGAAGUGGAGCAAAACAACCACGACUGAAAUCACCAAACAGGGGGGGGGCUCUAAAUCUUCUGCAGUCAACAAACUAUUUUCUCUGUCAACGACGCGUUCGUGGUCUACAUGACUCGUGGGGAAGUACAAUGUUUGGAAGAUUGUUUCUCCAGCUGUGCUCAUGAAGUCUCAGCCGGUCACUGAGUCGUCUCCUUUGGACAAAUACAAGUAUCCUUUUGUCAUUGAAUGUUCAAAACGAAACCUCAUUUCAAUCGAUUAUCGAAUCACUCGUCUUCAUCCUGGUGAAUGAAGCUCAUGAACAGCUGUAUUUCUUUAGGAAACUUAAGAAGUUUAGAGUCCUGUGACAAGUUCUUGUUAACUUUUCCAGAGGAGCAACAGAAAGCAUCCUGACAGGGAACAUCACCAACUGUCAUGAGAGGUUCAGGGUCCAGGAGAGGAGAACUCUGAAACCAGAACAUCACUGGUUCUACUGAGAUCAGUGAUGUUGGUGAGAAGAGCUCAAAGAUAAUAAAAGACAAAACCACCAGACAAGCUGGAAAGAGAAAGAGAAGGAUCAGCUGACUUCAGAUCAGCUUCUUUGCUCUGGAUGUGAGACUUUCACUCGUCCUCCUUUUUUCUAAUUCAUGUCACUAUGAAUAUAAGACCAGUAUUUUGGAUUGUGGGAAUAUUAUUUUCUAGAAAAGUAUGUUGGAUUUGUUUAUGACUAUAUUUUUUGAGGGUCAUACUGUAAACUAAAAACCUUUCUGAUGUCCGUCCAUCCUCUCCAGGUACAGUUACAAUGCAUCAGAUGGUUGCCAUAGUGAUCUGCUUCAUCUUUGUAAUCAUUGUUACCGUGACUGUGUUCAUCUACAGGUGAGAAAGUCACUCACUCACUCACUCACUCACUGACACGUUUUUACUUCUAUUCUUGUGUAGAGACUAAUUGACAAUCUGUCCUCACUUUACUAGAAUGUCAUCACUUUACUAAAAUGUCAUCACUUCACUAAAA